AUUUGAUCAAAAAGUUUGAGUGACAUAUCAACUUUGUUUAUCAUGCAUAGGAUUAUAAGCCACGAUAUGAAAGGAAAUUAGCAAUAUUAUGUUGCUGUCUAAGUUGCCAUAUUCGGACAAUAAGCCAGCAUGGCAGUAUCAGUAUGUGGACAGGAGGACUAAAAAAGAAAAAAAUCCAAAUGGGCGAAGCAGAAAGCAAGAAAUAUCAGAGGGAGUGUUUUGGCCAUUUAGUGGUUCAUACAGAUCCACAUGGUAAUGAUUCUUGAUCGUGAGAGAGGAAGAGGACCUACCCACUGGCCAUAUUUUGCCUCGUGCUCAAUAUGAUAUAAGCAUAUCCUCGAAAUACCCAGAUAUUAAUAAGGAUAAGACACACUGUUCCUCUUUCACCCAUUCUUUUUUCUUCCUCACAUGUUAAAACAACGUAAACAUUAUUUCUGUUACUACUUCCUCUGAGACAGAAACAUCUUUGCAGCAAUGGCUGCUCUACCCUUCUCAACUACCUGCAAGCAUUCCAACUCAUGUAUACACCGCAGUUCCAAAUCAAGUUUCACAGGUUUCAGUCAAAGAAACAAUAUUUGGCUGCUGUUUGCCACCACAAAGUCAAAUCCCAGAAGGGCAAUGAGAAAGCUUUGCGUGAAGAAUGUUGCCAGUGACAAAAGGGAGGAACUGAAAGAACCACUCACUGAAUUGAAUGGACAAGGCACUUCAAAUGAAUUUAUACCAGAUUCUGCAUCUAUUGCUUCAAGCAUCAAAUAUCAUGCUGAGUUCACCGCAUCUUUUUCGCCUGAGAAGUUUGAUCUCAGUAAGGCUUACUUCGCAACUGCAGAGAGUGUUCGUGAUUCCCUCAUCAUAAAUUGGAAUGCAACAUAUGACUAUUAUGAGAGGAUGAAUGUUAAGCAAGCUUAUUACAUGUCUAUGGAGUAUCUACAGGGUAGAGCAUUGUUGAAUGCAAUUGGAAAUUUACAACUCUCAGGCCCAUAUGCUGAAGCUCUCAAAAAGCUGGGUCACAAUUUAGAGGAUGUUGCUAAUCAGGAGCCAGAUGCUGCCCUUGGGAAUGGGGGAUUAGGUCGUCUUGCUUCUUGCUUUCUGGACUCCUUGGCAACUCUGAAUUACCCUGCAUGGGGAUAUGGACUCAGAUACAAGUAUGGUUUAUUCAAACAGGUUAUAACCAAGGAUGGUCAGGAGGAAGUUGCUGAAAGCUGGCUUGAGAUGGGAAAUCCCUGGGAAAUUCUGAGAAAUGAUGUCUCUUACCCAGUUAGAUUCUAUGGAGAAGUUAUUUCAGGGCCAAAUGGAAGCAAACAGUGGAUUGGAGGAGAAAAUAUAUUGGCUGUUGCUUAUGACGUUCCAAUACCUGGAUACAAAACUAGAACCACUAUCAACCUUCGGUUGUGGACCACUAAGGUUUCACCAGAGGGAUUUGAUUUACAUGCAUUCAAUACGGGAGAUCAUGUGAAAGCACACGCUGCUAUGAAGAAUGCAGAGAAGAUAUGCUACAUUCUGUACCCGGGGGAUGAGUCAAUAGAAGGAAAGACUCUACGGCUAAAGCAGCAAUAUACAUUAUGCUCUGCCUCUCUCCAAGAUAUUAUUGCACGCUUUGAGAAGAGAUCAGGAAAGACAGUAAAUUGGGACACCCUCCCAGACAAAGUGGUGGUGCAAAUGAAUGAUACUCACCCAACACUCUGCAUUCCUGAGCUGAUUCGGAUAUUGAUGGAUGUAAAGGGUUUAAGCUGGGAGGAAGCUUGGGAUAUUACUAAAAGAACCGUUGCGUACACAAACCACACAGUUCUACCAGAAGCAUUAGAGAAAUGGAGUUUGAUGCUUCUGCAGGAUUUGCUUCCACGACAUGUGGAAAUAAUAAGAAUGAUAGAUGAGGAGUUCAUUCAUGAAAUUAUUUCUGAGCAUGGGGCACAUGAUCUUGACUUGCUGCACGAAAAGCUUAGAAAUAUGAGAAUACUUGAAAAUAUUGAGUUGCCUAAUUCAGUGAUAGAGCUGCUUAAUAAUACAAAAGUGGUUCCUGCCAUUGAUCCUGUUGGUGAAAUUGAUGUUGAUGAUGAUGAUAUAAUGGCUAUAGAAGGGAAAAAAGAAGAAGAUGAUGGUGGAAAUGAAGUAGGGGAAGAGGAUGGUGGAGACCCUGUUGGAGAGGAUACUGAAAACAAAAUACAGAAGACAUUCAAAGUUGAUCCAAAGCAGCCAAUGAUGGUUCGCAUGGCUAAUCUAUGUGUUGUUGGUGGAUUUUCUGUGAAUGGGGUUGCUGAAAUUCACAGUGAGAUUGUAAAAGAGGAAGUUUUUAAUGCAUUUUACAAGUUUUGGCCUGAGAAAUUCCAGAAUAAAACAAAUGGGGUUACUCCUAGAAGAUGGAUCCGUUUCUGUAAUCCCAAUCUUAGUAAAAUCAUAACCAAGUGGAUUGGAACAGAAGACUGGGUAACAGAUCUUGAGAAAUUGGCUAUACUUCGCCAGUUUGCAGAUAAUGAGAAUCUACUGUUAGAAUGGAUGGAUGCAAAAAGAAGAAACAAGAUUAAGGUUGCGUCAUUUCUCUUAGAGAAAACCGGUUAUGUUGUCAGUCCAGAUGCAAUGUUCGAUGUACAGGUGAAGCGCAUUCAUGAAUACAAACGACAGUUACUGAAUAUCCUAGGAAUUGUUUAUCGCUACAAAAAGAUGAAAGAACUAAGUGCUGAGGAAAGAAAACAAAGGUUUGUUCCUCGGGUUUGUAUUUUUGGUGGGAAAGCAUUUUCAACAUAUGUUCAAGCCAAGAGGAUCGUAAAAUUCAUCACAGACGUAGGAGAUACAAUCAAUCAUGAUCCUGAGAUUGGAGAUCUUUUGAAGGUUGUAUUUGUUCCUGACUACAAUGUCAGUGUUGCUGAAACGCUAAUUCCUGGCAGUGAAUUAUCCCAGCACAUCAGCACGGGUGGGAUGGAGGCCAGUGGAACAAGUAACAUGAAAUUUGCAAUGAAUGGGUGUUUACUUAUUGGAACUCUUGAUGGGGCUAAUGUUGAAAUAAGAGAAGAAGUUGGAGAAGAAAACUUCUUUCUUUUUGGUGCACGAGCUCAAGAAAUUGCUGGGCUACGGAAAGAAAGAGCAGAAGGAAAAUUUGUACCAGACCCACGGUUUGAAGAAGUGAAGGCAUAUGUUAGAAGUGGCGUUUUUGGUCCUUACAACUAUGAUGACUUGAUGGGUUCCUUAGAAGGGAAUGAAGGCUAUGGUCGUGCUGAUUAUUUUCUUGUAGGCAAGGACUUCCCUAGCUACUUGGAGUGCCAAGAGGAGGUUGAUAAAGCAUAUCGUGAUCAAAAAAGAUGGACAAGAAUGUCAAUCUUGAACACAGCUGGUUCAUACAAAUUCAGCAGUGACAGAACUAUUAGUGAAUAUGCUAGAGAUAUAUGGAGAAUUGAACCUGUUGCAUUGGCUUGAAGACUUACACAUGCUUGAUCUUAGAUUUUGACAUACUCCGUUUGUAGAAUUAUAAGUGAGGUCUCCUUACUAUGGACGUAUUAUUAGUUGGUUAUAAAAUUUAUAAGGAUGUCUAUAGAAAAA